CGGGCUCCAUGGCGGCUGUGGCGGCGGCUGCGCAGCCCUGGGCCCCUCCUUCCUCGGGCUGCGGCCGCUGCGGGUGCGCGACGAGCGGCACCGGCGGCAGCACCGGCACCGGGAUGGGUGUGCACGUGGAAACCAUCGCCCCCGGCGACGGGCGGACAUUCCCUAAACGCGGCCAGACCUGCGUGGUGCAUUACACGGGUAUGCUGGAGGACGGGAAGAAGUUCGAUUCCUCCCGCGACAGGAACAAACCCUUCAAGUUCGUGAUGGGCAAGCAGGAGGUGAUCCGGGGCUGGGAGGAAGGAGUCGCCCAGAUGAGCGUUGGUCAGCGGGCGAAGAUGACCAUCUCCCCAGAUUACGCCUACGGCUCUACCGGCCACCCGGGGAUCAUCCCACCCAACGCCACUCUAAUUUUCGACGUGGAGCUCAUGAAAUUGGAAUGACCUACCCCAACGCCCUGUCCUCGGGGCUUUGUCACGGUGCCUCCUCUCUCCCCCCAGACAGGUUUGGCACAUGGAGGAAUCCAGAAUCUCAGCUUCAAGAAGAGUGCACAUGACUUCGUACGGAGCUUUUCCUGAUAGUCCACUACACUCAUUGUAUAACCUUACACCUUGAUUGAAUGCCUUUGGUCACUAAGCUUUGCGUCUGACUCUUCCUCCUCGUAUCGUGUUUUUAUGUCUUUUUAAACUAUACGCCGUCAACCUCAACUCUUUUUAUUAUUUUUAUUUUUGGGGGGGGGGGUCAAGUCCUUCUUCUUAUUUUCGUUCCAGGUGUAGUUUUGACCGGUAGCACGCAGACGGGCUGACCUUUUAGCUAGGAGUCAUUUGAAGGCGAGGAAAACCCGCGGGUUACUUGUCUGGGUGCGCAGAUCUCUUGUGGUGUUCUCAAACCAGAAAAUUGCUGCUGCAAAAAAAAAAAAAAAAAAGAAAAAAGAAAAAAAAAGCCAUAGCAGGGUGAGGCUGGCGAGGCGGAACGGAUGCGGAGAGCGCAGCAGUGCUAGGAUGGUGUGUGGUCACCCCCCCUGCACCCGGGGCCCCCGAGGAAGCAGCGAGUCCUCCCCCUGCUCCCCGGGGGCCAGCGCAGCAUCGCCGGGGGCUGUUUUCCCCCCCGCGCCCCCUCCCAGCUCAGUGGGUCCGUCCCCAAACCCCCGUUUUGGGUUUGCGGAGACGGGGUGCCCGUGGGAGCUCCGCUGCGCCCUAGAAAUUCAAAAUUUACAUUGAGUUUUUUUUUUUUUAAUAAAACCACAAAAAUCGGCAGACGAACGGAAGGUGCUGUCGGCAGGGGAGGUGGCGGGGGGCUGGUGGGGGUCAGCUCGUAAGGAAACACCCCCCCCAUGUGUGUGUGUGCGUGUGUGUGUGUGUGUCCCCUCCUCCUCUCCCUUUUGGGAAGGAAAAAUCAAAAAAUCAGACCCCGGUUGUCCCCGGUCUGAGCCCCCCCGGCCCUUCUCUCCUGCCACCUGAUGCUGGUCAUCGCCGCUUUGUCUGGUCUCCUGCACCGCGUAGCUUCCCCCCCCCCCAGCUGCUGUCCUCCUGCCCCCUCCCUCUGCCCCGCGUAGUGAUUUGGUGAGAGAAUUUGCCGCCGUUCACUUCCUUCUCCACCGCCUAAAGGUAUCAAGUUUUAUUAUUGCAAUAAAAACGCUUUAUGCUGGCUUUUCUCA